AUACCAUAUUGACCUUGUCUCGCACUCAUCGCCAUUUUCAAGAACCAAGUACGGUUCUAAGGAGCGAGUCAGAGCUUUAAAAUGUUAUCUUCCAGUAGGAUCGCAUCUUUGGCCGUUCGGCAGGUUCUUCCUAAGUCCAUAACCGAGGUGUCCAAGCAUGCUCUGGGGGCAGGAUUUGUUGCAUGCAGGAAGCUCUCAACCACUAAACCUGUCAAGGCUGUAGGAGGAUCAGCAGAGAUAUCAUCAAUUUUAGAGGAAAGGAUUUUAGGACAGACAACAGCAGUCAAUUUGGAAGAGACAGGCAAAGUUCUUUCGAUUGGAGAUGGUAUUGCAAGAGUUUAUGGAUUGAAAAAUAUUCAGGCAGAAGAGAUGGUUGAGUUCUCCAGUGGCUUAAAGGGUAUGGCUUUGAACUUGGAGCCUGACAAUGUUGGUAUUGUGGUGUUUGGUAAUGAUAAGUUGAUCAAGGAGGGAGACAUUGUGAAGAGGACUGGAGCCAUCGUGGAUGUCCCUGUUGGCGCUGAACUGCUUGGCAGAGUUGUCGAUGCACUUGGAAACCCUAUUGAUGGCAAGGGCCCCAUCAAAGCCAAGAGAGCAAGAGUUGGUGUGAAGGCUCCGGGCAUCAUUCCUCGAAUUUCAGUGAGAGAACCUAUGCAGACAGGCAUCAAAGCAGUCGACAGUUUGGUGCCCAUUGGCAGGGGUCAAAGAGAGCUAAUCAUUGGAGACAGACAGACUGGUAAGACAGCCAUUGCCAUGGAUACCAUCAUCAAUCAAAAACGAUUCAAUGACGGGCAGAAUGAAAAGUCCAAGUUGUACUGCAUCUAUGUUGCUAUUGGUCAGAAAAGAUCAACUGUUGCCCAGAUUGUGAAGCGCCUGACUGAUGCAGAUGCCAUGAAGUACACAAUUGUUGUGAGUGCCACUGCCUCAGAUGCGGCCCCCCUUCAAUACCUGGCCCCAUACUCAGGGUGUGCCAUGGGGGAGUACUUCAGGGAUAACGGGAAACAUGCACUCAUCAUUUAUGAUGAUCUGUCUAAACAGGCAGUAGCAUAUCGUCAGAUGUCGCUGUUGCUGAGACGUCCUCCAGGUCGCGAAGCCUACCCAGGCGAUGUCUUCUACCUGCACUCACGUCUGCUGGAACGUGCUGCCAAGAUGAACGACACAUUCGGUGGUGGAUCCCUUACUGCCCUGCCCGUCAUCGAGACCCAGGCCGGUGACGUAUCUGCCUACAUCCCUACCAAUGUCAUCUCCAUCACUGAUGGGCAGAUCUUCCUUGAAACUGAAUUGUUCUAUAAAGGUAUCAGACCCGCCAUCAAUGUGGGCUUGUCUGUGAGUCGUGUAGGAUCAGCUGCACAGAUGAGGGCAAUGAAACAGGUGGCAGGUUCCAUGAAGUUGGAUCUUGCACAGUAUCGUGAAGUCGCUGCAUUUGCUCAGUUUGGUUCCGACCUAGAUGCCGCCACGCAGGCACUUCUUAACAAAGGAGUUCGCCUAACUGAACUCCUCAAACAAGGACAAUAUUGUCCAAUGGCAGUAGAAGAGCAGGUGUGUGUAAUUUACGCAGGAGUGAGAGGUCACCUCGAUAAGGUCGAUCCGUCACGCAUCACUGCUUUUGAAGUGAAGUUCCUCGAGCACCUCAGGAGUUCUCAGCAGGAUUUGUUGAAAGCCAUAAGAGAGGCAGGCAAGCUGACCGACGAGACUGACGCUCAGUUGAAGAAGGUGGUCAUCGAUUUUCUUGCCGGGUUCGAUGCCUAACUGAAUUAAUAGCUACAACAACAAUGAUGAUGGGGAAGAUUAUAAUUGAAUAAAUAAAUAAAUAUUGUCAAAGAUUAUGCUGAUGAUGGUUAUUGAUGUAGACGACAGCCUGUAAUGUUAUGCCACCAUUGUCAAUUACAAUGUUGUUAGAUAUUUAUUUAGAUAAAUUAAACUUUUUUUUUUUUAUUCUAAGUUUAUCAGGUUGAUGAUGUCUAAUUGUGUUAAAUAUUGCUAGGAUUCGUUUUGAAAUUUCAAGUUUAUUGUAAAAAAUAAACGGAAAAAGAGUUUCUGUUACGUUUCUACUCGCAAAA